AUGGACAACGUUAUCGGCCACGGAUGUCGCUGGUCACAACAAGAUUUGUUUUCUGCCCUUAAAAUUAUUUUUUUUACGGACUACAAAAUUACUAUAAGAUCGGACCGAGACCAUGGACAACGUUAUCGGCCACGGAUGUCCUGCCUUAAAAAGGUGGAGGCCACAGUGGUUCAGAUGCAGGACCCAUCCACUGGAGUGAAGGGAGCAAAUCAGAAGCUCAACGUUACAACCAUUCCCCAUUCCAUCACUGGUCAGGAUAUUGUUGCAUGGAUCACCAAAAAUAUGAACAUGGACAAUGAUGAGGCUCAAGCAUUUGGCACAAUGUUAGUGGCAUUCGGGUACAUCUACCCUCUGCAGGACCACAAAAAGCUUGUCCUCGGACCAGAUGGCAGUUUGUACCGCUUUCAGGCCCCCUAUUUCUGGCCUGUGCAGAAAUGGAAGACUGAGGACACUGAUUAUGCAAUCUAUCUGGCAAAGAGAAACAUUCGAAAAAAGGGAGUGCUUGAUGCUUAUGAGCAGGAGGAAUACAACAAACUUCACAAAUGGAUGAACCACAAAUGGGAUUUUAUUGUGAUGCAAGCUAAAGAGCAGUACCGUGCCGGGAAGGCGCGCCAGAAGGCAGACAGGGUUGUGUUUGACUGUCAGGAAAGAGCCUACUGGAUUGUCCACAGGCCUCCACCACAAACUCACAGCGCUAUGGAUUACGGCCUGGAUCGUCACAUUGACCCUAAUGCGGAGCCGAAAAAAACCUAUGAUUACUACAGAAGAAUUAACAUCUACACACAACAGGCCAUCAUGAGGUCAAGGGUCAAGUCUUCAGUAUCUCUUGGAGCGUUCGAGUUUCACAAUUUGAGCCUCCAUUUCUCAGAAUCUCAUUUUUAUUUAUUUUAUUUUAUUUUUUGUAUAACCUUUUUGGCCCCAGGAGCACCACGAUGGAUCAACAUUGAUGGCAGGACAAUGGGUCUAACAGUAAAGGGACUGGAACCUCCUCACCGAUACGUACUGGACGCUGCCCAGACCCACAUCUUCAUGCUGAUGAAAAAGGAUACCUUCUAUCGCUACCUGAAGUCACCAGUUUACAAGGAAAUACAGAAAAUAGCCAUUUCACCUGCACCACACGAUUUCUCUGAGGCCCAGCUGCAGCAAAACAUGAGGAACCGCAGGCCGAGCAUCAACCCCAUCAUCACCUGGCAGAAGGAGCAGGAAGAGAAAGCAAAAGCAGCAGCCGCAGCUGGACCCGUAGACAUUAAGAAACUGAUGGCCAGCAAACUAGAACGCAAAUAGAAAGUUGGAGACAGAAAUACAUGCUGGAAAUGCUUUACCUAACAAUCUGACUAAUAAAAAGAGACCUGUACAAGACGUUUGGGUGCUCUACAUGUACAGAUCCAAUACAAGGUCUCAUAUCAUAGAGCUAAACUUAGAGACUCUAAGUUUAAUUCUUCCAUGAAAUUUGCUGUACACAUAAUUGAUACCAAAUAUAUAUAAAUAACAAUUCAACUAUGUACAAAUGACUCCCGAACAGCUAGUUCCUAUAAUUUGUAUUGCUACAUCCAAAGGAUGUAUUUUUGUAGUUUGCUAAAUACUGUUUUUUCAGAUCACACUUGUUUCCAUACAGUGAUUCUGUUCAUCCAAUACAAAGAUCGAGUUUCUUUCAAUCUCUGUUUACCUGUAUAGCAGUUUCCCCAUUAUAGUGUCAAGAUGUUUCGUAUGCGUGCUAUAGUCAUGGUGAAUACUUGUAUAUCUUCUGUAAAACAAUAAAGACAGCAUGGUUCAGUGCUGUAUGUUUGUAAUACUGCCUACAGUGUUGAAGAAGCUUCUUUGAUCAGAAAAUCAGUUUAAAUUACUAAUCUACACUCAAAA